GCAUCGCUAACUGUAAAGUUGCUCUUGAAGAGCAAAACAGAAUCGAAGAAUUCGAGUGUGUAAACAGUUCGGUAUGCAUUUUUAUAUUGGGAAGAAAAUAAAAUUGGACGCGAAAUUUUAACUGUGUACUGAAGGUUUCUCGGAAUAGGUUCUUUAUACUUUGCACGACAUGAAUCUUGGAGACUGCAAGUUACGAGCGAUACGAGUUCUGGGACAGGGAACCUUUGGCCGAGUGUUUCUUUGUCAGCAAUACGAGGGACGCGGAGAGGCAGACAGGAUGGUUUGCGUCAAACGGAUCAUUAUCCGGAACCCCAAGACCGAGCUAGGUCUAAUCAAAGAGGAAGUGUACAUAAUCUCCCAGCUUCGACACCCACAUAUUGUUGAAUUUCUGCGCUCUUUUACCCAUGCGGGCACAGUAAACAUUGUUAUGGAAUACGUGCCCAACGGAACCUUAAGGGACGUUAUCCAACAGCUGCCCCCCGGAACUGGUGGAAUUCACCAGGAGCGCCUGCUUCGCUACUUCCGCGACAUGGUAGUGGGCCUGGAGUACCUUCACAUUCGCUGCGUCAUUCAUCGUGAUAUAAAGCCAGAGAACAUGCUCCUCGACUCCACUGACCGUGUAAAAAUUGCCGACUUUGGAAUCUCUAACGUCCAUGCACCCUGUACUCAGCAGCAGGCCGGCAUAGGCACGCCCUUGUACAUGGCGCCGGAGGCGAUGUCCAGUCAGGGCAAGGUGGACUUUAAGUCAGAUGUGUGGUCGCUUGGGCUGGUCCUUUACGAGCUAUGCCUUGGCCGCAGUCCCUUUGCCGCAUUACUAGAAAAGAACGCAUCUCCUACCCAACUGCACUCCGUGGUUCAGGCAAUGGUCCGACCCCGACUUGAUUGCCAGCUUAUCCGUCGACUCUAUGACUCCGUGUGGGCGCAUAUCUGCGAAUUAAUGAUCGUUUACGAACAGGAGCGUCGCAUCUGCUUGCCGGAUCUCUUUCUCCUUGAUGGUGGAGUUACUACGACGCUAUAUAAGCAGUACUUCAGCUACAGCUACUAGCGGAGGCUAAUAAUAGGGAUGUGUAAAGCCAGUGAUUUCCUAGUGAUGUAUGGGAAAACCUCUAAAAUUGUCAUGAUUGCACUUAUAGAAUUAGGCUAAGUUAAGCAAUAAAUUAAUUAAUAAAUUAAUAAAUUAAGCAAUAAAGAACAUGAUGGAUAUAAAACAACCAA